AUGCAGCAGCCGGCGCCGGACGCCGCCGCCGGGCCCUCGACCGGCGCCACCGGCACCGCCGCCGGGCGCGGCCACGUGAACGGCGGCCGGUUCGACUUCGACGACGGCGGCACGUACUGCGGCGGGUGGGAGGAGGGCAAAGCGCACGGCCACGGCGGCCACGGCGUGUACACGGGGCCCAAGGGCCAGGGCGCUUAUUCGGGGUCGUGGCACUACGGGUUCGAGGUGUCCGGUAGAAAUAAGCAGAGGUGCUGGAAAGCUGUUAAAAGAAUGUUAAUAGAAUGUAAUGUGAGAACACAACACCAGGGCAUGUAA